AUGCCCAACGACAACGACUACAUCCUCACGCUCUCGUGCCCCGACAAGCCCGGCAUCAUCCACGCCGUCACAGCCGUCUUCGCCUCCCACGGCCACAAUGUGCUCGACCUGCAGCAGUUCAGCGACCCCGUGUCCAGGCGCUUCUUCAUGCGCGUGCACUUUGGGCCCAAGGCCGACUCCAUCACCGCCGAGCACCUGGCGCAGCCGUUUGGCGAGCUGGCGGCCGCGUACGAAAUGACGUACGACAUCCGGCCCGUGGCGCAGAAGAUGAAGGUCCUCAUCAUGGUGUCCAAGAUUGGCCACUGCCUCAACGACUUGCUGUUCCGCAUGAAGACGGGGCAGCUGAAGAUUGAGGUCCCCGUCAUCGUCUCCAACCACGCCGACUACAAGGCCCUCGCCGCAUCCUACGGCAUCGAGUUCCACCACCUCCCCGUGACAGGGGACACCAAGGCGCAGCAGGAGGCGCAGGUCCUCGAGCUCGUGAGGCGGCACGGCAUCGAGCUCGUGGUGCUCGCGCGCUACAUGCAGGUGCUCUCGCCGACGCUCUGCGAGGCCAUGUCGGGCCGCAUCAUCAACAUCCACCACAGCUUCCUGCCGUCCUUCAAGGGCGCCAAGCCGUACCACCAGGCGUACGAGCGCGGGGUCAAGAUUAUCGGCGCCACGGCGCACUUUGUCACGGCCGACCUGGACGAGGGCCCCAUCAUCGAGCAGCGCGUCGCGCGCGUCGACCACAGCAUGGACCCCAAGGAGCUGGUUGAGGAGGGGUCCAAUGUCGAGAGCCAGGUGCUGGCUGCGGCUGUGAGGUGGUAUGCCGACCGGAGGGUGUUUCUGAACGGCUCCAAGACGGUGGUGUUUGGGUGA